CUGGGAUCUGUCUUCUAAGAACUUCGCAGGAAAGAAAGCAGUGACAAAGAAAGAAGUUACCAUUCUUUGCACAAAACUGGAUGGCUUCUACAGGGAGCCAGGCCUCUGAUAUAGACAAGAUUUUUGGAUUCUUCAAUGAUGGCGCACCCCCCACCAAAAAGCCCAGGAAGCUACUUCCAAGCUUGAAAACUAAGAAGCCUCAGGAACUUGUGCUGGUGAUUGGAACAGGCAUUAGUGCUGCAGUUGCCCCUCAGGUUCCAGCACUAAAAUCCUGGAAGGGGUUAAUUCAGGCCUUACUAGAUGCUGCUAUUGAUUUUGAUCUUCUAGAAGAUGAGGAAAGCAAAAAAUUUCAAAAGUGUCUCCAUGAAGACAAGAACCUUGUCCAUGUUGCCCAUGACCUCAUCCAGAAACUCUCUCCUCGUACCAGUAAUGUUCGAUCCACGUUUUUCAAAGACUGUUUAUAUGAAGUAUUUGAUGACUUGGAGUCAAAGAUGGAAGAUUCUGGAAAACAAUUACUUCAGUCAGUUCUCCACCUGAUGGAAAAUGGAGCCCUAGUAUUAACUACAAAUUUUGAUAAUCUCUUGGAACUCUAUGCAGCAGAUCAGGGAAAACAACUUGAAUCCCUGGACCUUACUGAUGAGAAAAAGGUCCUCGAGUGGGCUCAGGAGAAGCGGAAGCUGAGUGUGCUGCACAUCCAUGGGGUCUACACCAAUCCUAGUGGCAUUGUCCUGCAUCCAGCUGGAUAUCAGAAUGUGCUCAGGAACACUGAAGUUAUGAGAGAGAUUCAGAAACUCUACGAAAAUAAGUCAUUUCUUUUCCUGGGUUGUGGCUGGACUGUGGAUGACACCACUUUCCAAGCCCUUUUCCUGGAGGCUGUCAAGCAUAAAUCUGACUUAGAGCAUUUCAUGCUGGUUCGGAGAGGAGAUGUAGAUGAAUUCAAGAAGCUUCGAGAAAACAUGCUGGACAAAGGGAUUAAAGUCAUCUCAUAUGGAAAUGAAUAUGCUGAUCUUCCCGAAUAUUUUAAGCGACUGACAUGUGAGAUCUCUACUAGGGGCAGAUCAGCAGGGAUGGUGAGAGAGGGUCAGCUAAAUGGUUCAUCUGCAGCGCACAGUGAAAUACAAGGCAAUAGUACAUGAGAGGGCUACAGAAAUCACUAUUGGACCAAGCUUUGAGGCCAUGGAGUGUUUAACAAGUAAACUUAGAAGAACCCACCCAGAAAGUAACAAAACCCAGAGGUUGAAGGUUGGGCGUAGAAUGGAGGGUAAAUGAUCCAACUUAAUCCAACUUGCUGGCUGGUUGCUACUGUGCUGCCUGUUCCAGUUCAAGAACACCUGAGACUACAGGACCCAAACAUCAGGCCCUCCCAGGCUGGACAUGCUUAUGUCCACACAGCCAACCGAUGUGAUCUUCCACUAAUUGUGGCUGCAGCUCUGCAUGGACUUGGGGAUCUAGAUGCCAUGGAGACACCGUGGCCCUUGUUGCAGUUUUGUACUCCAUACUUGGGUUUUUUCAAUUAAGCUUAAUGGCUUUUUUAAAACAUGACUUGAAGUUCUAGUUUUCUAGAUCUUUUACAGUGUACAGUAUUUUACAUAACCCAGCUGUAUUAAAAGCCUGUUCAUUUA